ACACUUAGUGUGCAUAUUUGUGGUUUGCUGGGAAACGUGACAAUCCCAGUCGUCCUUAACUGUCCUCUGGGUGACGGAUCAGGCUGCCACAUCGUCCACGUUUUUAUGGACAAUGCUCAGGUUUCUUUUCAGGGAUUGUUUGGUCGCCUGAUUGAGAUCCAUCCGUGUAACUACAGGGAACUGAAGCCAUCACUGUUUCAAAUUAAUUAUUUAAAUGUCUUAAGCCUCUGGUUGCUCUAAAGCUGCUUGAUGACAUUUACUGCUGUCCUCUGGGCGACAAAGAGCACCUGACAGUAAAUCCGGACUAUGAAUUUUUAUUUAAAUACGUAGUUUACAAAGUUCAAACUAAUGUAGCUGCACUUGGAAAAUACUUGAGAAGAGCAGUGAUUUCUGUGUCUUUGAGUGGAAGUACAGCAAAGAUUUAAGGUAGGCUGGUGUGGUUUUAUGUGGUUUGUUCACCGUUAACUUGUGAUUUAAAAGUAGGUCUAAGAAUUAUUUUCAGUUUUGUCUGUAAAAUGUCAGAAAAUGGUGAAAAACGCUCAUCGCAAUUCCCUAAAGAUCCAGUUGAGUAAAUCAAAUAUCUUGUUUUGUCAGACAAACGGUACAAAACCCCAAAAAUAUUGAGUUUAUUUUCAUAGAGGACACAGAAAACAUGAAAAUGGUCAUAUUUGAAAAGCUGGUUUGAUUAAAAAAAAAAAUCAUUUUUAAUUUACAGAAGAUACUCAGACAUAAUUUUGAGGUCAGUCAUUACAUUGGGACAGAUUAAAAUCAUGUUACUAAUUAAAACCAAUGUCCUCAUUCCCAUAAUCUGUAACAAGCUGAUUCCCUCUGUGACUCAAAAGAUUUAGUUAUGAAAUAUCCAUAUAAUCUUAUGUAAUGUGAUGUUGAAUGCUAAGAUAAAGUAAACAGGAAAAAGUAAAACCUGUCUGCAAACACAGUAACAGAUGUAAAUCCUUACUUUAGGAAAGAGUCCAAAACAGAGCAGGUUGGUUCCUCAGAUAUGGUCAUGUUUUGUGAUUAUCUGUUUAAGCCCAUAAUCCCCUCUCUAAUCAGGAAUAUUCAGUAUCUGCUCAUAGUGAAUUUACUGAAAUGACAUCAGUAUUCUGCCAUUGAAACAGGUUCUUUUGGUAUUGCUCAGAGGGAAAUGCAUACAGGAGGGUAACCAGGCCUUUCAGCAGGAGUGAUGAGACUGAUCUAAGUUGAAGAUGCCUCUCAGUGGCUGCACGAUGCUCUGUGUGCUGCCUCUUCUCCUGAACACGGUGUUGGGCUUCAAGCUGUGUCCCAGCCACUGCCUGUGCUAUGAAUCCUCUGACCUGGUGGACUGCCGGUCUCGAGGUCUGGUGUUGGUCCCUCCCAGUGUCCCCCAUGGCACCUGGCUGCUGGACUUGAGUGGGAACAAGCUGACGGAGGUAUGCACCAGAUCUUUCAUAGGGUUGUGGUCACUCAAGAUCCUCCUGAUGUCCAACAACAGCAUCCAAACUCUGCAGCCACAGUCUCUGUCAUCCCUGGAGUUCCUGGAGAGGCUGGACUUGAGUUUUAACCAGCUGCGUUGGCUCCCUCAGGACUUCUCCCAGAGUCUGUCCUCCCUGCAGGAGCUCCGGCUGGACCACAACCUGCUGCAGCACCUGGACUCUGCUUCACUGGGUGAGUUUAAAAACCUGAGGAAACUGGACCUCAGUUACAACCGCAUCCGGGCGAUGGACGUCAGGGCUUUCAGCGGCCUGUCUCGACUGAGCCUCCUCGACCUGGAAGGAAACAAGCUGAACGUGCUUAAAGACGGCCUGUUGAGCAGGCAGCAAAGCCUGGAGGUGCUUCUGCUGGGCCACAACAACAUCUCAGCGAUCGAGACGGAAGCUCUGGCUCCUCUGCGGAGUCUGACUUUGCUGGGCCUGCAGGGAAACCAGCUGCAGCACAUCAGGUUCAAGACCUUCCUGAAGCUCCAGACCACCACAACCCACCUUCAAAUGUCCUCCAACCCUUGGACCUGUGACUGUGAGCUGCAGCGCAUCUUCGCCAAGAUCCAUCGCGUUCGACAUCUGCUGGUGUACGACUACAAGGACAUCAUCUGUCAUGCUCCUGCUCAGCAAGCCGGGAGCUCCCUGGCGUCGCUGGACAGCCAGCUGUGUAUCACUGAGACAGCAUCAGUGCUUGUCAUCACCAUCACGGUGAUGCUCGCUGUGAUUGGCGCCCUGGUCAAAGCAGAGCACAACCGUAAGAACAAACAAGCUGCCAGUGAUGCAGAGUCAGAUGGACAAGAAAAAUGAUGUGUUUUAUUCAUGACCAGGAUGUCUGGGACUGAGGUGUGGUCCCUGAUGCCUGGUAUUGGACAUUGUUGCAUAAUAGAUUGUAGCCAACUACACAGUAUCAUGUUUCAUCCAGCCCCUAGACCACAUGAUCUGACUUCAUUUUAUAUUUAGAUUUCCUUUAAAGCUUUCUUUAAUUUACUCAAUUUUCUGCUAUAUCUGGUGUGGCAACCCCUGUAGCAGAAGGCAAGUACAGAAUAGCCCUUUAAAACUCAUUUAAAUGUGCGUAUCUUUUUUAACAGUCGCCCAGUAUUCAGUUUGAAUACCUCAAGGUCUCUAACUUGAAAACAGGAUCCCUAUACAGCCAAGAAACUUCUUUCUAUAAAUGUGGGUGUGGUGGUUAGUACAGGUUACUGACGGUACAUCUUCAAACAUUUUUGAAAUUCCCCAUCAUUUGACAUCUCUGAAACCAUCUAGCCACAUCUCUGUCUCUUCUGAUGACGUCCUUUGGAAUUUGAAAAACUGGUUGUGUUCCAGUAUCUGAUCUUUCUUGUAGGUGAUGAACUUACUAACCUUUUUAUUUUUGGCUGUGCAGUAAUACAAGUGAUGGCAAUGGUCACACCAUCAUGGAUGGACUAAUAAGUGGUAAUUAAGUCUGAUACUAGCAAUGGACAUUUGGCUCAACCCUCCAUUUUAUUUUAUUAUAUAUUGUAACAAUAUUAAACUUUAUCAUUACAACAAUGGUAAAAAAAAAAAAGAAAAGAAAACUAAUCUAACUAUUCUCAGCCAGAACUGAACAACCUGACGAUUUAACAUCUACACUGAAACAGUUUAUUGGCAACAGAGAAACAACUGCAUAAAUAAGUUAAUUCUGGCUUGCACAUAUGAAUGACUUAUUAAUGCAAAUUUAGUCUCAAGAGAAAACCGUUGCUACUUAAUCGUAUUGUUUUAUACUCAGAGGUGUUUUUAAUAAUUUGUCCAGCACACUUGUUUCAAUGAGGUCAGGCUCAGUAAUAGAAAGUCCUGUCAGUAUAAUACAACACCAUAAACUAUAUCCUCCAAAAUGACCAUACAGGAACACCUCUCCAAAACAAAAACUGAACAUAAUAACCUUCAUUAAGGCAGGAUUUAUUGCAGGACUGGAUUGGACGAUAUAGAUAUUUAGCUCCAAAUCCAAUUUAGUCUGAGGCGUCGGUUACAUUCAGCCUUUCAUCCUGUGCAAAACUGACAUGGUUUUAUGGAAAGUUGAGGUGGUCAUAGAUAAAUCAUCAUUACCAGUACUGCAGUUUAAUUACAGUUUAAACAAUAAAGUGAAAUGAGUUAUUGUAAUGAUCAAAAUACUCAAACAUUGACAGUAAUCCUCAGAACUUUGUGCACCAUCAUGUAACUAAACAAAGUCAUUUCAUAUAAAAGUAUAACUAUUUACACAGAAUUAACAGCUGUGCUUAUUAAGUUUAAUGAAUUUCACAUGAAUGCAAGUUGAAAGCAAGUGUUUAUCACCAAAUGGCCAUUCCACAGACAAGACAGCAUAAGUUAAAUUUUCCCUUUAUUUGCAAAAUAUUUAAACCAUAUACUGUAAAAUAUUAUCAAAUCAUUUAAGACUAUAAUUUUUGGAGUAAAAGGUAUUCCUCCUGUAGGUAUAAAGUACUUAUACUCAGUGUCAUGUUUCAGAGCGCAACAAAAUGUAAACACGAAUCUGAAUAAAUUAUUAAAUUGCUAAAAAGGAA